AUGCCAGUAUCAGUGGACAGCCUCAUGAAGGCCAUAGACAUCCAGGCACCUAGCAUUGACAGGCCAUUUGGUAUUCACCUAUGGCCCCUAUUCGAUCAGCUAUACACUGCGGUCACCGGAACAUCCGCGAAUGACUUCGUAUUCCAGCCUGGCGUGAACCCGAUCUCGACAUUCAAGGAUAGCGUAUGCAUAAUCGCGGCUUACUAUGCAGUCCUUGCCGGUGGAUCGUUCAUCAUGAAGGGGCUACCCGCCUUUAAACUCAAGUUUGUGUUCCAGCUUCACAAUUUGGCUUUGACACUUGUAUCUGGAGGACUAUUAGUGCUCUUCAUUGAGCAGAUUAUUCCUACGCUGUACAAUAACGGGCUGUUCUACUCGAUCUGCAAUGUCGGGGGUGGUUGGACUCAGCCAUUGGUCCUUCUGUACUACUUGAACUAUCUUACCAAAUAUGUCGAGCUCUUGGAUACCGUCUUCCUUGUCGUUAAGAAGAAGCCUCUCACCUUCUUGCACUGCUACCACCACGGAGCCACCGCCCUUCUUUGCUUCACUCAGCUCGUCGGUAGCACUUCAGUGUCAUGGGUUCCUAUCUCUCUCAACUUGAUGGUCCACGUCGUCAUGUACUGGUACUACUUCCAGUCUGCCCGUGGUGUCCGCGUUUGGUGGAAGCAGUGGAUCACUCGUCUCCAGAUUGCGCAGUUCGUCAUUGACCUUGGCUUUAUCUACUUCGCGUCAUACACUUACUUCACCUCCACCUACUGGCCCCACAUCCCUAAUGCUGGAAAGUGCGCCGGCGAGGAAUACGCUGCGUACUCAGGAGUGGCGGUCAUCUCAUCUUACCUUGUUCUGUUCAUCUCUUUCUACUUUGCCACCUACAAGAAGGGCGGAAAGCCCUCCGUUAAGAAGACCGUCCAGAACGGCACUGCCGCCAUCAACGGUAACGGCAAUGGAGUCAGCAACGGAAAGGCCGUUAACGGCAGCGCCAAGGCCAACGGAAACGGAGCCGUCCGAUCCCGCAAGGCUUAA